AUGGGACCUCCAGUUGAGCGACCACAGACGCCUCCGCUAUCGUACCUUAUGACACCACCUUCGACCGGCGGUAUGGCUAAACGCGUUCGUUUUAGCAACGACGAGGGCAGUGCCUCAACCGCAGGCAACUUCGACCUCCCUUCUCCAGUUCCAGCAGACUCGUACACUGCCAAAUCCACAGCUCUCGAGAAGCAUGACCCAUUCGCCUCUCUUGCUCUCGCUAUUGACGUCCCCGUAACCAACAAGGAACCGUUCCCAUUCAUGAACCUCCCCAUCUCCAUCCGCAACAUCAUCUACUCGCACCUCCUGGUCGUCCCCGGCUUGAUUUGCGUCCGCCAAAAGCACACCGUAUUCCACGACGAGAAGAAAGCCUUCCUCCACGCCGAGCGCCGCGAGUUCCUCCCUGGCAUUGCAUACGCGCUCGUUCACCUCCAUGUCGACGGACACAAAACCCGCUUCUCGCUCGUCGGCCGCACAAACAUCAACAUCCUCCGCGCGAACAAGGAGAUCUUUGCCGAGGCCAAAGCCGUACUGUACAGAAAGAACAUGUUUGAGAUCGUUAGGCCGACGAACGAACUCUGCCCGCCACCUGACUACAGUGUAAGGCUGUUUCCUACUGGAUGUCAGCGUCUUGUUACAAAGCUCAAUAUCAAGAUCCGUUCUUUCUACGAUCUACACUGGUUGCUGCGUGGCGGAUACAACGUCAUGAAAAGCUACUACCGCGGUCUUGUCUCCCUCACUCUCGUUCUGGAGAUGGACUCGAUUAGCAAAGGCUUCGGAAAGACGUGGACUAGGAAUGGUACUGAAGAGAAAUGGGCAGACUACGUUCAGCGCCUGCGGGAAGAGAUGGCGAAAGAGCUGUUCAAGAAGAUGAAGGUCAAGGGUACAGACACAAAGACUGUUCCGAUCUGGAUGAACUUGCGCGUCCUGUUCUCGGGCGAGGCAUACGAUGGCAGCGUUUGUGCUGUUAGAGAUCUGAGUGAUGAGCAGCGAGCCAAGCAGGACGAGACUAGGCAAAGCUUCAUUGAGGCAUGGGAGUUGUUCAAGAAGGCUGGGAAGUAG